GAGGCCCCAGCCUGCGGCACCUCUGACGCGGGGUGGAGGGCCGCGGGGUCCCGGGCUAGCGGCUCCCGGGCGCCGCAUCCUCAGGUGGUUGCAGAAGUUUCGGGGUGCGAGCGCGCGCCCGCGGUGGAGACGCGGCAGGUUUUGUAGCGAGCUGUCUGCAGCCCUGGGGUAGUGGUCGUUGAGCGGUCCAGGACGUUAGGGUUCCCUGAGUCUUAACCUGGCGGCAGUGGCCCGGAAUGAAGGCUCUCCGCUGGGGAGACUAACUUCUAACCCAGGCGACGCGAGCGCUCCGAGAGGCGGCUGCGCUUACUUCUCCCGAGCCCCGCGCGCCCCGUGACUGGCCCUGCCUCCCUGGGCUCCUCUUGGUCUCUACCUGGCGUGACCUCGGCGCAGCUCGCACGGACUCAGGACACUGGCAGAUCUGAUCACUCCUCUGACUACAAUCCUCCAGACUUCCCCCUGGAAUUAUAAAACAUGCCAGACAUCUUGCCAUGGCCUUCAGAUGUAAUCAGGAUUAAUUAGAAUUCUUCAAAAUGUCAGGUGUAGUCUCCACAGCCCCUGAGCAGCCUGCAGGUGAAAUGGAAAUUCAAAUAAAAUCGCCAGAUCCAAGGCCUUAUGCCCCUCCUGAAUACAAUUCUCAUUUUGUACCAGGGCCGCCUGGACCAGCUGUCCCUCCACCUGCAGGUUACCCAGGAGGCUUGCCUAUGGGAUACUACAGUCCACAGCAGCCCAGUAUCUUCCCCUUCGGCCCGCCAACUGGUGGUACCCAUAUUACGCAGUAUCAGCCUGGCAAAUAUCCUGUGCCAAAUCAGCAGGCUCUAAUAACAUGGAUGCCAGGGCCACCUCCAGUACCAAACUGCCCUCCUGGUCUGGAAUACUUAGCUCAGUUGGACAACAUACAUGUUCUUCAGCAUUUUGAGCCAAUAGAAAUGAUAACAAAUUUUGAAACUAAUAAUAGAUAUGACAUUAAAAACAACUCAGACCAAAUGGUUUACAUCGUAACCGAAGACACAGAUGACUUUACCAGGAAUUCUUAUCGGACACUAAGGCCCUUUGUCCUCCGUGUCACUGACUGUAUGGGCCGAGAAAUCAUGACAAUGCAGAGACCUUUCAGAUGCACCUGCUGUUGCUUCUGUUGCCACUGGGCCAGGCAAGAGCUGGAGGUGCAGUGUCCUCCUGGUGUCACCCUUGGCUUUGUUGCGGAACACUGGAAUUUGUGCAGGGCAGUUUACAGCAUCCAAAAUGAGAAGAAAGAAAGUGUGUUGAGAGUGCGUGGGCCAUGCUCAACCUAUGGAUGUGGUUCAGAUUCUGUUUUUGAGGUCAAAUCCCUCGAUGAUGUAUCCAACAUCGGCAGUAUUAUUAGGAAGUGGAAUGGUUUGAUAUCAGCAAUGGAAGAUGCUGACCACUUUGACAUUCACUUCCCAUUGGAUCUGGAUGUGAAGAUGAAAGCCAUGAUUUUUGGAGCUUGCUUCCUCAUUGACUUCAUGUAUUUUGAAAGAUCUCCACAACAACCAGAGAAGGAUGAUGCAAAUAAUGAAAGAUCUCCACCACAGCCUUCAUCACCAGAGUGGGAGGCAGCAAAUAGUCAAUGAUGGUUAAUAAAUAAUAAUUAGAAAGUUAGUAUAGAUUUACAGUCAAUCCUCAAUUAUUUGCAAGUGUAUUUCUGCUUUGCAGAUUUUUGUUAUUGAGUAUUAACUUUGACAGGUAGGCUAAGAGUUUGAAUCCAAGAAAGAAUACAAUCUAAACAUGUGUUUUUGUUCACUUGGUAGACUAGCAGUUCAUCCUAAAAGCCUAUGACUCCUACUUAAAAUAAUAUAAACACUUAAAACACUGUAAACAUGAAAUAUGGGAAAAUGAAUCCCUAAGCUCUCACAUUAAUAGGUAGUAAGAUAGUGGGCUCUUUAGAGCCAUCUUUGUUGGGAUAAAAUAACAUGUCGUCUAUCUUUAAUCCUCUCCUAUCUCACCUCUCCAUCAUGUCCUUUUACUGAAGACAAACUUGAUUCCAUGUGAAAAGAAUGAUACUCUUCAUCUUUAAAAACAAAAAGGAAAGCAGACAGAAAUAUGUUUCAUUGUAUAAGGAAAGUUUACUUGUGCACAUGUAUCAAAACCUUACUCUACAAAAUUUAUAAAAGGUUCACUGGGAAAUUUGAUUUUAUUACAAAAUAAGACAUGUAUUUGUUUUAAUCUUAAGGUUUAUAUUUCCCAUGCCUGUUCCCUAAUUUACUGGCAUGCACAGUCAGGAGCUGCCUAUACAUGAAGGCAGGAUCAGACUAUCAGGAAAGGAGCUGACCAGAGCCACAGCCAAUGAAGAUCUCUGAGCAGAUUAGAGAUAUUAGUGUCUUUAUAAGAAGCUUACAUUUAAUACAUUUAUACAUUUAACACAUAACCUCCCUUGGUCACGGAUGCCUUAUAUAUAAAAUAUGUAUGACUGAAUCUCUUAGAUUGUAUAUUGUACAUGUGUGUCUCAUUUUGUAUGAUAAAGAAGACAUAAUUGUUUUUUUCUUUCAAGAAGAUCUCUGGUAGUCACCGUACUGUUCUAAUGACAAGAAUUGGAGUUAUGUUUUUAAAUUUUGAAAUGUGACAUUUUGUGUAGCAGUUUAUAAAAGCAAAAGCCACAAAUUCUGAUGUGAUUAAUACUGCUUUGCUGCUUUUUAUCUACAUGAUAAAUAAAUGUGUAUUUAUACAAAGUAACAAAACACAGCAAAUAUGAUACUUCUCUGAGAUCCAAAGCUUAUCAGUAAACAUUAUAUAAGACCAAGAAUGAAGUAUCAUUGUACUUGUUUGUACUAAUUAAUUAAAAGCAUAGUGUACAAGUGAAUACACUGUGAUUAACUUGCCUUUAUUCACCUUAGCUUCCUACCUGGACACGGACUGUGUCCAUGAACUAAUAUCAAAUUCAGUUGUUUGGCUACUGAUAGCUAAUGUUUAAAAUAGAUCUUUUUUCAUAACUUUAUUUUUCCUGUGUGUGUGUAAGAUGUUUCUUACACUUAAAAAUUCUCUUUCUUUAAAAAAUAAUACCUGUACCAUAUUUUUAUAAUACAAUUUGCAUUAUUAUUUCUAUAUUUCCUAGUGGCAUUUCAUUGUGUAAAAUUGAUCAGGUUUAUUAAGAAACAACACCUCGUAUGUAGAAUGGGAUGUAUUCUUCAUCUGCUCUUUAUUACAUAAAGAAAGACUCAGUGUUCUUAGGUAGGGUUAUUCUAAGAGCUUUAGUCCACAGUUCUUUUUAAAAUGAAAUGAAGGUGCUCCAAUUUUAAAUUAUACUCAUUUUUUCAUGGUAAAGUUGUUUUACUCAGUUUCUUGUAAUGUUCAUUUUUAUAUGCUGCUACUAGCUUUUAUCAAAAAAGUGUAAAAGCUGCUUUCUAAAAUAUUAAUUGCCUUACAUUUGAAAAUGCAAUUGCAAUCUUUAAUAGACAUAUGCAUUUCCUAUAAUGAUAUGUGAUAUUUAAUAUAGAAAAAACAGACAGACAGUAUUCAGAAAGUUUAUCUAUAUAAACUUUUUAUUUUUACUUGCCUAAAUCUCUAUAUUCCAAGAUUUGAUGCAUAAUGGUCAAUAUACGCAUGUAUAUAUUCAGCAUAAAAUGUCAGCAUGUGACAUUUAAAAAUUCUGUUUAAAGUUUUGUGGUAUUAAUGUGUCUCCUGUCUCCUACAGUUACAAUUUCUCUUUCUUAAAAAAAUAAUAUCAUGUGCCAUAUUUUAAUAAUACAAUUUACAUUAUAAUUUCUCUAUUUCU